AUGUCUUCCUCUGAAGCUGCGUCGUCCGUAAAGCGGACUGCAGUUUUGAAGCAGGCAGGAAAGAACUACACACUAGUACUGCUGGAAAAUGAUCGGCCUGUUGAGAAUUUCAAACCUUUGACAAUCAAAGACAUGAACGAACAAAUUCACAAGUCUCUCAAGUGGGUCGAUGACGGAAUUCCAUUUGAUGAUGCAAUAUACUCCAGUGUGACGAAAGGCUCCAGUUUCUUGUUCGAAGGGAACCGGUAUCCAGUAGAGGAUCCGACACCAUUCGAGCAAAAAUAUCCAGCAAAUGAACAACGGCAGCGACAGAAGAGUCUCGCAGACUUAAUCAUUAACCACAAAGAACACGCUUUGUUAGAGCUGCAGGACAUGGCCAGUUAUCACAAGGGAGUGGAUAGUCCUGACCCGGCUCAAUAUUGCGAGCCAAAGAAAAUGUGCACUUGGAACGACGCGGAAUUGCAAGAACAAGUGAAGAAGAAGAGUGACGAGCUCUCUGAACAGCUUAAGUUGUAUACGCCACAGAACAGACGACGAGUUUGUCUGGGUAUACGUCUAGGCUCUGGUUGCGGCAAAACUCACGUCCUGUCUGAAGCUGGCCGGUGGCUUGGCGCCCCUCUCAUCUAUGUCACCUACAACCAGUACCAACUCCUAAACCAAGACAGGUUGUUUCCACGCAACGCACUACUCAUCCGACUGAUCCUCGCUGUAAUGGGGAUUGCUUCGCCAGAUGCUGGUGGUCUCUUCCAAGCCCAAUGGCAAACACUUUUUGACAAAAGAAUCACAACCGAUCUGCUAAGGGAUCUUUUUCUUUUCUGUGCAAAAAAAGCAUAUAAGGGGCAGGCAAUUGUUAUAGGGGUCGACGAGACAAAAUGCCUGGAAGAUAAGGAAGCGGCACAGGCUGUCAUAUCAGAGCUUGGUGACAGUUGCAAUGUACUCGAAGCACCUGCCUCCCCACACCCCGAACAUGCAGCUGCUUUGCUCGCCGCUGUGGCUGGUGGUCAUAUCCGCUCUCUUGUUGUUGCCCGCAACAUUAUGAAAGCGAACAAAGUGUCGGUGACUGUCCCAGGCCUACUCAAAAAGAUGAAAUCGAGGUUGGGUCUCAGUCUUCAGGGAUAUGAAUUGGCGGCUAUUAAGAGCUACGUUCUGAGAUGCAUCGAGGAAUCCCCAAGCCAAACUGAUACAGCAAUCCAACCUUAUACUGACGAGAAAGGUGCUGUCGCCCCAACUCUGAUCCUCAUGGCAUUUUCUCUAGACGGGAAGACUCAGGAGGAGAAGGAGGACUUUCUGAAGGAUUCACAGGAUGCCCUGUUAGCUGGAGCUGAUAAGGAAUCGCAGGAUGCGCAGUUAGUUGUACCACCGGCGCCUGAAGACCCUGUGACGAGUGCCCUUCUGGACGUCUUUAACUCGGCCACCCUAUUUGUUGACGCUCCUAAGCAGCUGGAGGAAAUGUCAAAAGCUUACGAUAAGUUCCGGCAGUGCAUGGGUUUACCUGUUGUGCCUAGAAAAGCAAGAAUCAGAUUCCCAAACGAAGGAAAGUUUCAGGAGGAGAAGUGGUACAGAGAGUUGGUAUUCCCAAGUGAAAUGGAGGAAGACAAACAGUCAUUGCUGAAACAAGAGAGAGAAAUCAUCCGUCCUUCUGCAGGAAAGAAAAAGGAGACUGUGAAGGUGAAUAUAGUACCCACUGGGGUGAAGAUCAGGUUUGGCGAUUAUUUCCAUCCUGGACACACAAGUCAUCCUUGGGUCGAUCGUGCUUUCGCUGCGAAACAUGCUGGUACUGAUGAGCUUUGCCUUGUUCUGGCCCAAGACAAGAUCAAUGCACAAGAUUUCCCCACGGCUGUCAGGAAUUUGAACAAGGCAGCACAUGUGCUUUCUCUGGGUUUCAGGAGUGUUUUAUGCAUUGCAAAUAUCAUUGGGGCCAGUUCGGAGACGAAAGCCCAGUCAGAGUUCGAGUUCCCCUACAUUCUGAUACGCGAUGAACCUGAAGUGAGAGCCUUCUUCUCGGUCAACUUUUCUGUGCCAGUGAUUUUCUCGCGAAAGCGUCAUUUGCUUCAACUUCAACAUGGUGUGGUGGACGCAACGAAGAAGGCUGGAGCAGCCUGA